GUUUUUGUCUCGACUUACUGUAGGGAGAACCAUUGCGAGAUUGAGCGGCGGAGGCGAAACAAGAUGACAGCUUACAUCACCGAGCUUUCCGACAUGGUGCCCACCUGCAGCGCCCUUGCAAGAAAACCGGACAAGUUGACCAUCCUUCGGAUGGCCGUCGCCCACAUGAAAGCACUCAGAGAGCAAGAUUGUAUGCAAGGGAAGGCAACAUUGGAACGGGCGUAUAUCGCUGGGGACCAUCAGAAAUCUUCAGAACAUUUAAAUGGUAAUGCAGAAGGUAAACUUUACCUGAUGUGCAUUAAAUAUAUAUUUUUUUAUUGUACCAUUGCGAAACAGUACACGGGCUCUUUGGCUUGUCGCUCGGUGAAAAAUUUCGCCAUCGCGGCGCUCCGACGCGACGGGCUGUCGUACUCAGCGAUGAGCAGCGCUCGGAAUUCGGGAAAUGGCAGCUCUGGUCGGCGGCGACGUCACUCUGUUGCUGCGGAUCCGGUGGGCCGUGCUGAUGGAAGUGUUCCUCGAGGCGGGUCAGGAAGACUUCGGGAUCCAUCUCAGGUGAUCCGCCGAAACGGGGCAGUGGGCCAGGACGUGGGGCGGAUGGCCGUGUUAGGCGAUCCAGCAAUUCCUGGACAAUGUCUAGGGAAAAUAUUAGAUAUGUUUACAGGUGUGCAAAUUGAUAGGCAGAACGAAGAAGAGUUACAUGCAUCACAUUGCUGUUUAGUGGCCAUUGGAAGGUUACAAGUUACUUCGACACCUAAUACCAGUGACCUUUCCGGGUCAAACAAUACAGCUGAAUUUAUUUCUCGUCAUUCUAUAGACGGGAAGUUCAGUUUUGUGGACCAAAGGGUAAUGGGUAUAUUGGGAUAUCCACCAACUGAACUUCUGGGUAAAAGUUGCUUUGACUUCUUUCAUCCGGAGGACCAAACGCAUAUGAAGGACAGUUUUCAACAAGUUCUAAAAUUGAAAGGUCAAGUUCUCUCAGUAAUGUAUCGUUUUCGAGCGAAAAAUAGAGAAUGGGUGUGGCUACGUACUUCGGCCUUUGCAUUUCUGAACCCAUACACCGAUGAUGUUGAGUACAUUGUCUGCACAAACACCACCGCUAAGUCUUUACAUCCAGGCACCGAAACAACCCCCGAAACUACAGAAUCUGUAGCGUACCAGCAACCUGGGUUAGAUUACAGCAUGCAACGAAGAGAUCCAGGACUUUACUCUCAUAUGCUUCCCACCUCGCAAAUACAAACUCCUCAGCAAGUGGCUAGGCCAAGCAGUGGCCAGAAUGUAUAUAGCAAUUACGAGCCUACGGCGUCACCUAUAGCUUAUGGUUCUCCAUCUCAAGCCAGUGCAGGAACUAGCAGUACAAACGUUUUGAGUCGAUUAGCAAAAGGUACUACUACAAGUCCAACUCCUGCAGCGGCUCCAUGGAGCCUGCGCCAACCACAAGCGGCUCCAGAAGGUUACCAGUACAAUCAGCCUAGUCCUAGGUCACCGGGACCUACAUAUACCCAAUUGAGUGGCGGUACCAGGGGUGCAACUGGGCCAACUUCGUACCAGUGGACUUGGCAAAGUUCAAACCAAGGCUCAGAUUCUGGUGGUGCUGGAUCUAGUGGAUCUGGUCAACCACCGCAGCCACAGUCACAUGAACUAUCAGAUAUGUUACAGAUGCUAGAUCAAGGUGGUACGGCCUCAUUUGAGGACCUGAAUAUGUUCAAUACCACUUUCGAAUAAUAAAUUAACUUGUGAAUGGACAGCGGGUGUGGUUUCCGAGUUAGUGUCUUAUCAAACUGUGGUCUGACUUCGGAAGAACAGUACCCUGGCUAUCAACGAACGCUUUGUGGGUUUUUAUCUAUGUAGUGGUUACAAAAUUUACAGGUUUCCCUGUGCGUUUAAACACUGGGAGUGUGUAAAAUAUUUCGUUGAUUCAAACGGAGGAAUUUGUUGCUUAAGAAUUUUUUUAAAUAUUAUUUUAAUUUUUCUUUAGAUAUUUUCGUUUUCCUUUUUAGAAAUCAUAAAUUACGUGAACUUUUAAUAAAAAAUUCUUUUUUAAUUCUGUAGUUUUUAUUUUUAAUUAUUUAAAUGUCUAGUUCCAAAAACUAGUGUCGUGUUUAAGUUGAAAUUUAAAAAUAUCUAACAACACUUAAUUAAAUUACAGGGAAUUGUUUGUUUAUAUAACGAAAAGACUGAUUUUUAAAC